UCCUGGAGGUGGUGUUGCCCCCGCAGGCCCUGCCGACUCUCGAGGACGGCCAAGCGAGCGGCGCGCCUGUCUGGCCCCUCAUCUUCUACGCAUGCGAGCGGGCGGCGGCAAGGCGGCCUGCGUCGCGGCGGCAGAAAACAGUUCUCCGUCUGUUGUUGAAAUUGUGGCCGCCUUGGAUCACUAUAAAAAGAUGAUUCCUACAGACUGCCACCCGACAUGGAGAAGAAACUGCGGAUGUCCUAUAAGCGUGCUGUUAAGAAUUCACCAGACCCUUUCAAGCGGGCUGUUUACUGUAUCCUGAGUCGCUGUGAUCCGCAUGAAGACCACUCUGACAUAGCAACCACCACUGAUGAUUAUAUCUGGCUUAAGCUUUGUGUGGUUGAUUGUGAUUCCUCCCCUUCUGCCUCUACCUCUAGUACCAGCAGCGUGCAGCAGGACAUCCUCACUCUCACCUCACUCCAGAAUCUCCUUUAUGAGCAGUAUGGAGAAUCACACUUCAGUGCAUUACAGCAGCCACUACUCUAUACAACAAUCCUACUCCAGACAGGCCAGUUUGAGGCAGCUGUGGAAUUUCUCAGCAGAAAAGAAGCUCUGCGUUGCCAUGCUGUUCAUGUGGCCCUAGCUUUGCACGAGAUGAACCUGCUAGCCCUUCCAGAGCAGGUCCAUGCCCCUAUGUUGUCUCGUGAGGAUGGUGACCCAGAUGGUGUUAGAAGACUGAAUCUGACAAGGCUUAUUCUUCUCUACACAAGGAAGUUUGAGGCCACUGACCCAUGUGAAGCCUUACAUUACUGUUACUUCCUGAGAGCUCUGAAAGGAAGGAAUGGGGAGAAUGUUUUUGCAGGCUGCAUCAGUCAGCUAGUCUUGCAGUCCCGUGAGUUUGACAUGCUUCUGGGACGGCUGGAACCAGAUGGUCGUCGUACUCCCGGGGUUAUUGAUAAAUUCAAGGUGGAUGUCAGUGAAGUGACAGAGAUGGUUGCACAAGACUCGGAAAAGAAGGGACUGUAUGAAGAUGCCAUCAAGCUUUAUGAUCUGGCCAAGAACCAUGACAAAGUUGUAGCACUUCUGAAUCAGUUACUGAGCCAGGUUGUGUACCAACCAGAAGGAGGGGCUGGCAGCCAGCGUGUGCGUGUAUUGGAGCUAGCAACAGCUGUGGCCAUCCGGUUCAAGACGCAUGGUCACAACACCCUUCCAAACAAUGCAGCAACACUCCACUUGCUUUUGGACUUGGCCACUUUCUUUGAUUUUUAUCACAAAGAAAGGUUCACAGAUGCUUUGGAGGUGCUGAAGAAGUUGCGCAUUAUUGCCCUGAGCCGGGAUGAAGUGGAGUCAAGGGUUGCUGGAGUGGCCUCACAUGGAAGUGAGGUUCGUAGUGUUCUCCCACAUGUACUUCUGGCUGCCAUGACUACAACCCACAAACUGUAUCAGAUGCCAUCACAGCAACAAUCCCCGCAGAUGUCUUUCAAUGUGUCUGCAACAGCAGCUUCACCAGCAACAAAGCACCUGCAGGAACAGGCUCGUGCCAUUGUCACCUUUGCAGGAAUGAUUCCCAUGAGGUUACACUCUGAGAUAAAUGCUCGCUUGGUGCAGCUGGAAGCCCUUAUCAACUAAUUAGGCUGUGUUUCUAUAUUAUACUUCUUUUAAGGAUCAAAAUAUAGUGAGCAAAUUAUUGUAAUUACUAUUCCUACUCCUGUUCCGAUGAUGAUGAUGAUCCACAAGAGCUUAUAAUCUUUAAGGAUUCAGUUACUAGUCCUACUGUCUCGGUUAUUUGCUGUUUUCCUUCAUUUGUGGAAAAAAAUUAUAACUACUUGUAUUUUAUGAUAUAUUUCAAGGAAUUAACCAAGUUGGCUCGGAUGGCAAGAAUACAUGCCAUGGCCAUUGUAAUAUUCAUCUAUUGUCUUUACACAUAGAUGGCUCUACAAGUGUUAAGUCACCAAGGUGUCAGUUAUUAGUCCUAGCCAUCUCACCUGUUAACCCUUUUCCUAAAUUUUUGGAAAACUUCAUUUGUAUCAUUUUAUUGUCUUAAAUGUUAUUAAUAAUUUGUUAACAAUUUGAAAAUCAAAAUAUCAGUAGGAGCAAUGUUAAUAGUAUUAGGAAGAAAAACACAUUCUUCUGCAGAUUCAAGGAAUGGGAAAAUCAGGUGCAGUCACUAGGGCCUACUGAUAGCUUCCCUAGUGACUGAGCACUUGUGGAGACAAAAAAUGCAGUGCACAAUACCUGUGGCCAUUGGGUUAUUAAGGUAAAAGUUUUUUGAUGUAUUUAUACUUGCUUCCUAUACAUUUUAGUUUUUUGUCGUUUCAUUUUAUACAGAUAUACCUAUAAUAAUUAUGUGUCAUAGUUUUACAGUGAAUUGUCUGUAAAAAAGGAUAAGAAAGAGUAAUACUGUAUAAAAAGUUUGUGAAUAUGAUGAAUUUACUCCAGUGUAUGUGAUUGGAAAUAAAGACUUGAAUUAUGA